GGAAGCGGGCAGCGCCUAGACGCCGAGCCGAUUCAGCUCUUUGAAAAACGCUCGUUGGAUUGACUAGCCGAGCAGCCAUGGCCUCCAGCCUGGCGGAGGACCUGGUGUGCCCCAUCUGCCUGGCCCUCUUCCAGGAGCCCCUCAUGCUGGGCUGCGGCCACAACUUCUGCCGGGCUUGCCUGGACAGAGCCAUCCCCAUCUGGUGGCUGUUGAAGGGGACCUGCCCUGAGUGCCGCACCCCCUUUCACUCGGGGGAGGUGAAGCGCAACAGAGCCCUGGGCAACCUGGCCGAGAAGGCCCGGCGCUACAAGUUGGACGAGGAGGAGCCCCUCCUGCCGCCGGGGAGCUCCGCGGGGCUGUGGCCCUCCUGCGAAGCCCACGACGAGCCGCUCAAGCUCUUCUGCACCCAGGACGAGGCGCCCAUCUGCGUCAUCUGCCGCGACCUGCCCCAGCACCGCGGCCACGACUUCCUGCCCACCAAGGACGCCGUGCAGCGGGCUCAGGGAAAACUGAAAGCAUACCUAAAGCCCCUGGAGAAGUUUGUGAAGAAGAAUGCUGAGGAUGAAAUCAAUCAGCAGAAGGAAAUUGAAGCCCUGAAGAACUGCACCGAAGACCUCUUGGGUCACAUUUCCAAAGAGUUUGAGGCUCUCCACCAGAUCUUGCACAAGAAAGAACAGGACAUUAAGUUGGUGGUAGAGAAGAUGAAGGCGGAGAACAUGGAGAAAAUGGAGGAUUCUUUAACGUCUCUGAAAGAAGAAGCAUCUUCGCGUAUCGAGACUAUUGCCGAGGUCAAAGCUGCCUUAGAAGCAACAGAUCAUGUCUUUCUAAAGGGCUUCAAGGAACUAGUGAAGAAAAUCAAGGAGCAUCACCAAGGAAGCAUAGAUGAAGAUGAAGAUUGGGACGAUGAAGACUGGGAAGAUGAAGAUAGUGAAGAUGAAAAUAGCAAUGAAGAAGAAACCAGUGAUGCUGACAGUUGCAAUACUGAAGUGAUAACCGUCGCUGUAGCUCUCAAGAAGUUCAAAGAUUUUUUGGACUUUGAGGCUUGCAAGAAAAAGUUUGAAUGUAUAAUUCCAGGCAACUAUGUAAAUCGCAUGUUACUGGCAAAAUAUACUGAAGACUUGAAAUUAAAGCAGAAAAGUGCCAAAGUAGCAUUACAGCUGAAUGUCAAAAAGACUGCUAGCCUGCUAGGUUUUGACUACUAG